AUGUCAACAAGUGAAGAAGCAAAAGGUCCAGCAAAAUCGUCAAUUAUAGAUUAUGUCGAAAAUUUUAUUGACAAACGUAAUAAUGAAUUACGUGCAACAACAGUUAAUGAGAGUGAUGUUCCAUUAGCACAUGGUAUCGAUCGAGAUUCAAUUGUUUUUAAAACGGAUGCAGAUGGUUUUCAGCGUAAAAAUAUUGAUAAAGAUCCAUCAGAAUUAACUGACGUUGAUGCUGAUGACUUCAAUCUUGAUUCAGAUCCAAUUAUUGAAACACGCGAAGCUGAUGAACAAGUCUAUAAACAACAAGUCUAUUUACGUCAAUAUCAACCACCAACACCUGAUCCUAUUGAUAUUCAAAUUCAAGAAAUAAUUGUUAAACCAAAAAUACAACGUCCACCAAUUCAUGUAUAUGUUGGACCAACUCAAGAUAGAGAUGCACAACGUACUCCAUCACCCAUUCUUAUCAAAAGUGCUCCACCACAAUUACCACCUUCUUCAGGCGAACCAAUUGUCUAUAAUAAAUAUGUUCCACUUGAUUAUAAACCUCCACGUCAACAAAUCAUUAUUCAUCGUUAUCCUGAAAUGCCACCGAAACCUCGACCUAUUGUUGUUGAACAAUGGCUUCCAAAUAAACCUGCACCAAAACGUGUUACCUAUCGUCACGUCAAUCGUGAUGAACUUCUUCAAAGUGAAGCUCGACAACAACAUAAUCGUUUUAUUGAAUAUACAAAACCACAUACAACAGUUGAGCUUGAAAUUGUUCGUUUACCAAUAAUUAAAUUAAAACCAGAAGAAUAUCAUGGUCAAUCAAAUGAACUUGCACGAGUUGAUAAUAUUCGUUCACUAGCAAACGAUCCAAAUAUACUUCAAUGGCGAAUUUAA